AAAAAUGAUGUUUGAUCCACCAGAUUUUCCUUAUAAAGAAUUAACUGAUACUUUAAAACAACAUUAUGGACCAGAUGACUUAAUUUUUACAACUAAUGAUCCUCUAUCUGACAUGAACAAGGAUUUAGUUGCAGUAACAGAGCAAAUGAUUUCUAAUGUAGAAUAUCAACUUACUUUUCAUUCUAACGAUGUCGGGAGACACUUUAAUAUUGAAAGUACAUCUAAGAGCUUGAGUAAUGCAGAUACUUCUGAGCCAAAUACGCAAAUGUUUAUUGUACAAACAGAUAAUUUAUUAAAUUAUGAACCUACUUUAUUAGAUGAAAAUACAGUGAAUCAGUUCUUAUUACCAAUACAGAACGCAACGGAAAAUAAGGAUGCAGAAAAACCUCAAUCACAAGACUUGAACAAUACCGGACCCGAUCUUUUGGCUUUGCAUUCGUGUGUUAUUUGCCAUGAAAUAUUUACUUCGGAUUCUGAUCUUCUUGAUCAUACAAUAUCUUUUCAUGCUUCAGACACGGCAGAGAACGAAAAUCAAAACAAUUACACGUUAUUUGGUAAUAAUGAUGAAAUGGGAACACUUCCAGUUGAUGAAUCAGAAAAUAAUUCUUUAGACUUUGAGUCAGACUGGCUCGUGUGCUCAACAUGCGAACGUGUUUUAUCAACGGUGCUAGAAAUAGAACCUACUGAACAAUUAUGCUGCGUCAACAGUAAUGGAAAAGGCAAUGUAUCAUCAAGAAAAUUAUUAACCAUGUACGUUUGCGAAUUUUGCAACGGUUUAUUCGCUGACGGGGAGGCUUUAGACAGACAUAGACUCAAUUGUUUUAACGCUGAAGAACAGAAUUAUUAUUUGGAACAGUUGGUUGAAAGCGAUACACUAAAGGCGUCUCAGAAUUACAAUGCAGCAUUUUAUAACUGUGAAUAUUGUAGAAAAGAUUUUCCAUCAUCGGAAGAGUUGAAACUCCAUCAGGCGCAAUGUCAGAGGCCUAAUGUGACUAGAAAUAUACGACGCAUGUACUCCAACACUAAUAAUAACAAGAUGUGGAAUUGCGGAUCUUGCAACCAACUUUUUGCGACGGCUCGAGAACUAUACCGUCAUAAACGUGGGGAAGAUCGGUCACCGGGAGCGCCGCUCAUGGCAUACGUUUGUGAAGAAUGUGACAAAGUUUUAGGAAGCAUGUGUGCUCUCCACACACACAAGAAAAUGCACAAAGUUUCAAAACCGGGAUAUCCGUGUCGUAUAUGUGGCCGUCGCUUUAAUCAAUCGGGUCAUCUCGCCAUUCAUAUGAGGAUGCACACGGGGGAGAGGCCUUAUCCAUGCGACCUAUGUCCAAAGGCAUUUAAAGUAAAGGUGGAGCGCGACGAUCAUCGCCGGACCCACACCGGGGAGCGGCCCUUCGCAUGCGCGGCGUGUCCGAAGACGUUCACGGCGGCCGCACGCUUGCGUGAACAUGCACGCAUUCAUACAGACCAAAGGCCGUACCGUUGUGAGAUUUGUGGCGCUGCGUUCCGAAGGCCCUACGCUCGUACUGUACACACCCUCAUCCAUACAGGAGAGAAACCUCAUGAGUGUGACGUCUGUGGAACCGCAUUCAGACGUUCUGGUGACAUGUGGAAACACAAGAGAACCCUUCAUGGGGUACAAGCAACGAAUGAUAUGCAGUAUAGAAAACCUUAAAAAGUAUAAUUCAAUAAUGAAACAAGCAAAUAGAAGACACUUAUAUUUCAUAUGAAAAGAUAUUAUUAUCAAUAUAUUAAGAGAUCUAAAUACUGAAUGGACUUCACAUACUAUAUAUCUGGUUUUAGGAUGAAAAUGGAAGUCUCCCUGAAGUUACAAAUCCGAUUGUUCAGAUCGGAAUGAUACUCAAUCGAUUUGCGCUGCAUCAAACUAUUAUCAGUCUAAACUAAUUUGUUUAAAGAAGGGCUACAGAAUAUCAAAUAGCACUUUAGUGGGACUAAGGACAUUUAUUGUGGAGAAUAAAAUAAAGAAUGAAUUUCCUUCAAAAAUGAAGGCUAAGUCAUCUAGUAUACUACAAGAAUAGUCUGCAUUAUUUUUUUACAAAUCCGAUUGGAACAAUUGUCAAUAUGAAAUUGACGAAUUACUUUAUAUGUAUAGGUACCGUAACAGCCUUAAAGUAAUUACCUACAUACAAAUCUUAUAACACUAUUUGUGGUUAAACUGUUUUUAAUCUCUAUUCAUUCUUAUUUUGAGUAGAUAGCUACCUGAAUAUUGAAUACCAUUAUUAUUCUUUAUUACUUUUGUAAUUUGAGCAGGGUGCUAAAUAUAUUGCAGGCAGUAAAAUUAAAGGAUACGGAGGCACAA